AUGACGGAAGCUCCAUCCACACAAGAUGCUGCGUCGAAGCGACGCCUGCAGAACCGCCUCAAUCAGCGGGCCAGCCGAGAGAGAAAAGCCUUCAAGGCAGGGAAACAAAACCAAAAAGCGCGAUGGAUCAUUUAUACCGACGAAAUCAAGGCUCAUAUGGAAGGAGAAUUGGCCAAACACGACCAGACACCGACCUCAGCAAAUUUCACAUAUAACUCUAAUCACACAACAAACUGUACUUCGCUCGAAUCAUCUCGUGAUCGGAAACGCAAUUUUCUCACACAAUUACAAAACCGAGUUGCUUCACUAGCAGCAGCCAAUCAGCUCCACCAGAUCACUCUCCUCGCCCCAGUCACCAACCUGAACACCAUUAAUGCAAUAAUCUUCAAUGCCUCAAUCAUGGAUCUAACCCCGGAGCUCCUGGAAGAAGAUAUCGUCUCGCCAUUCAACAUCGCCGGACCAAUGACAUUACAUCUCCCACCAAGCUUACAGCCCACUUCUACCCAAAGGGAGAUUAUCCAUCAUCCCUGGAUUGAUCUGAUGCCUAUACAGUCUUUGAGAGAAAUUCUGUUGAAGAACCUGUAUAGCUAUGACGAAGAUGAGCUCUGCGGUGAUCUCCACGGACAGCUUGGGGCAUCAGAUAAGAUUGGAUUGAUCCUCUGGGGCGAUCCAUGGGAUCCGGCCGCUUAUGAGAUUUCAGAGGCUGUUUUUAAGAAGUGGAGUUGGCUGAUAGAGAAGUGCCCGGAAAUUAUAAGGACUUCAAAUCAUUGGAGGAGGAAAAGGGGUGAAAAGCCUUUGAAAGUUGGACGAGCGGUUGGGUUUGUACAUCCGGAAGAAGUUCAAUAA